AUAAGAGAAACCCUCAUGUAAACCGUACAUAGAGACUACUUGCACAUGCUUUUCUUGCUGACAUCGUGAAACAUUUGUCCAGCUGACUCGCCAAACACGAGGGGUGUCAUUGUGAACGUAUCCUGCCCGCGGGCCUCCUCCUAACAUGGAGGCCCACUCAAGGGCACAUUCCACAUCGUCAAACAAGGAGUCGGCGUGCGGCGGGUGUAACUGUUUGAAGAGGGCAAAGGCGGAAGUUUUGGUAGCUUGCCGAAUUGUUCGUUUGCAUCCACUAUACACGUUAGUCCCGCCCUUGCUGGUGCUCGGAGUUAUUCUGGCUGUUGGAAUAUGGGGAGUUAGACACGUGCACACGUCCCAAGAAAGCAGUUCCAGGGACCACGCCGCCAUCCUGGCCCUGGAUGCCGCCUCCUGGGUGUCGGGCCAGCUGGCGGCCGCACUCGCCCCCCUGGAGCUGGCGGCCGCCAUGGUGGCCUUCGACCCGCAGCUGGGCCAGCUGGGGCCGCUGUUCCGGGGACUGGCGCCAAUCAUGCUGGCGCGGACUCCCCCCAACACCACGCUGCAGCUGCAGCUGGCCCCCCACGGUGUGGUGCGCGAGGUGGUGCCGCUGCGGGGCAACGAGACGGCACUAGGACUGGACCUGUUCGCAUCCGCCAGCGACCGCGCGGGUGCGGUGCGGGCGGUGGCGGACAACACCACCACCCUGGUGGGGCCCAUGGCCUUCCUGCAGGGCGGCGCGGGGGUGGUGGCGCGGCAGCCCAUCUUCAUAGCCGGGGUGGAGGCGGGCGAGACGUUUGGCAUCGCCGACCCCAUCAGCCCGGGAUGCGGGUCGCCGUGCGAGUAUAACGCCAGCACUCGGACGGCACUGUGGGGCUUCGCCUCCGCCCUGGUCGACCUGUCCUCCAUCUGCUCCCCCUCCAGUCGCAAGCUGGUGUGGCUGGAGGGGCUGGGCUACCGGUACGAGGUGGCGGUGCUGGGGGGCACGGGCGCGGAGGGGGGCGGAGACACGCGCCUGGUGGCGGCAAGCGCUGUCCGCCCCUCCGACCCCGUGGAGGCGCCCAUACACCUGCCCAACACCCAGUGGGUUAUCCGCGUGUCCCCCGCCCAGGGCUGGUCGCCCCGCUGGGUGGGCGGGCUGCUGGCGGGGGUGGUGGUGCUGGCGGCGGCCACUGCGGGGGCGCUGCUGGCGGCACUGCUGUCCAGGCUGCGCCACCAGAUGCUGCUUGAGGCGCUGCUGCCGCACCAGCUGGUGGUGGAUCUGCGGGGGCGGGAGGACACCUCCAACCUGGCGUACGGAGCAGCAGCAGCAGGCGGAGGGGGGGGAGGGGGAGGGGGCGGCAGGGGGAUACAGCAAGCAGAGACCCCCGCCGACGUGCUGCUGCGUAUGAUGGGCCAGCUGCUGGCGGGCUGCGCGCCCGAGCUGGCGGACGUGGUGCUGAUUCGCACCGCACUGCUGCGCAACCUGGACCUCUACCACCCGCUCAACGUGAAGGGACACAUCGGGGGGGCGAACCUGGAUGCCGAGGUAGCUCAGGCGCUCAUGCAGCAGCUGGUGGGCGGCCGCCGCACCUCCACCACCACCGCGGCACCCGGAGGCACGGCAGCAGACGAGCACAACCACCCGCCCUCUGCCUUUGCAGCCGGCAUACCCACCACCACCUCCUCCUCCGCAGCCGCAGCGUUAGCAUCAGCAUCAGCGGCGGGCGCGGCUGCGUUCGACUUGGAGACCCUGGCCGGCGCAAUCGCCUUUUUGGUGUCACCGGAAAGCGGCGCGCCGCUGCCGUCAGCCGUCUCCGCUGUCUCGGUGUGCACCGCCACAGGGACUGCUGCUGGGGGGGGUGGUAUGGACGGCGGGUUCGGAGCGCUAGCCCUGUCUCCGACAGCAGCAGCAGCUGCCACAUCUGCAGGGGCGGCUGCUGCAGGGGCGGCUGGGGGGCCGUUUAUUGGCCGGGCGGGUAGCUUGUCGGAUGCCGCGGGUCCUGCUAGCGGAGGGGGUGGAGGUGGCGGGGGCGGCUGGUCAGGCGCCGCGGCGGCGGCAGUGGGGCGGUCCGCUCCGCUGCCGGUGCUGCUGCGCGGGGCCGCCACCGUACCCGCCUUCAUCAGCUGCUUGGAUUAUGUGGAGGUGGAGGGAGAGGGGGAGGGAGGCGGCACGGGGGUGAUCACGGUGGCUAGCAGUAGGAUGCUGGAGGAGGGCGGGCCGGGGGGAGGGGGAGGCAUGGGGCUGGGGAGUCGAGGGGGUGUGGGUGGGGGCAGUGGGGGAGGUGCGUCGGCUGGCUUUGUCCCGCCUGCUGUGUUGGCGGGAGGCGGCAGCACAGGUGCCGCAGGCGGGCUUAGAGGAGGUGGUGGUGGUGGUGGUCUUAGCGCGGGUGGUGGUGGUGGUGCUGCUGCCUCUGCGGGUCAGAGCUGUCCGGGUUGUGCUAGCGGCGGGUUGGCGGUGUCUGCACCUCCAUGCGCAGGUGGUGGUGGCGGCGGCAUCAACAGCAAGCAGCAGCAGCAGCACAAGCCGGUGUCCGUGCUACGGCGGUUGCGGGGGCGCGAGGCUGCAGCCAUGACGGGCCCUGUGGUGCUUGGAGGGGGGU